AUGCAUACCAUCCGCUUUACCGUUGUUUUCUAUUUGCUCCUGCUGUCAAACUUCGUCUUGUCGCAGGAAGUGCAGCAACCAUUAGGAGCAGAGACACCAGUCGCCUCCAAGAAACCAAAAAUGGUUGCAGUAAUCGGUGCUGGGUCUGGAGGGACGUCUGCAGCUUACUAUCUCCGAACUUAUGCCGAUUACUUCUCCGUUCCCAUAAACAUCACGAUAUUCGAACAAUCGUCAUAUGUUGGUGGACGAUCAACCACCGUUGAUGUCUUCGAUGAUCCAUCCCUACCCAUAGAGCUGGGGGCAUCGAUAUUUGUCGAGGUGAAUAGAAAUCUCAUGAAAGCUGCAAAGAACUUUGGCCUCACAAUCCAAGGUGCCGGAGAUACCCGACCAAAGGAGGCAACGGACAGUUUGGGUGUAUGGGAUGGAAGUAAAUUCGUAUUUCAGCAGAGAGAGGGCAACUACAGAUGGUGGAACAUUGUGCAACUUCUCUGGAAGUACGGAUGGGCUCCAAUGAGAACCCAAGAUUUAAUGAAGUCCACAAUUGGCAAGUUUCUGAAAUUAUACCGAUACCCGCUAUUUCCAUGGAAGAAUCUUUCUGAGGCCGCACGAAGUAGUGGGCUGAUCGAGUCAACCUGGGCCACGGGAGCAGAGUUCUUGAAGGACAACCACAUAUCAGAAACAUUCUCGAGAGAGGUAAUUCAAGCAAGUACUCGCGUGAACUAUGGCCAAAACCUUCCUCUCAUACAUGGGCUGGAGACCAUGGUAUGCAUGGCAGCGCAAGGUGCGGUCUCAGUCCGGGGAGGAAACUGGCAGAUAUUUCGUGGUAUGGCAGAAGCAUCCAAGGCUGUCUUGAAACUUGGAUCUAAAGUUACAAGCUUGAAAAAUCGAGACAAUAGCGCCUACACCAUCUCCUAUAAUACAAAGACCAACACAACAGAGGAAGAAGUGUUCGACAAUGUCGUGAUAGCCGCUCCACUUCAGUUCUCGAAUAUUGAGCUCGAGCCUACUCUCAAUAAGCCGGAUGAAAUCCCUUAUGUCAAGCUACAUGUCACUCUCUUCUCAUCGCCUCAUAGACUGUCUCCUAAAUACUUCAACCUCCCACUUAGUGCCACGGUGCCUGAAACCGUUCUCACCACCUUACCCAAGGGCCUUAACCUGGGAUCUCGCCGUGAUGGGGUUGGGCCUACUGGAUUUUGGAGUAUAAGUACUCUUCGCAAGGUGCAGCCGCCAGCGAAACAAAAGGCUGAUGUCCCAGAUCACUAUGUUUACAAGAUCUUCUCUCCCGAACCACUGAACGCAAUGUUCCUAUCAGGCAUUCUGGGACUAGAGGGGCCGACAAAUGGAUCGAUCACAGAUUUUUCAAAGUCAGACAUCAGCUGGAGCCAUGAGAAAGUGUGGCACUCAUAUCCUGUGCUAUACCCGCGGGUGACAUUCGAAGACAUCCAGCUAGCUCCGAACCUAUGGUACACUAGUGGGAUCGAAAGCCUGAUCUCAACCAUGGAGACGAGCUCUCUUUCUGGAAUGAACGUCGCUGCUCUGAUGGUUUCCCAGUGGACGGAAGACUUUGAUCCAAAGAUGAAUAUUUUGGAAGGAGAUCCUCAUUAG